CCAGGGCUGGAGUGCGUCUGUGCCGGCCGUGGAGGCGGCGCGUCGACGUGGGAGCCGCGGGGACGGGCUGUGUGAGGGGCCGUCAGUUCUCUUGCGAGUGCGUGAGGGAGCACUGCUACUCGUCUCCUACCGCGCCCUCGGCUUUUGUGAGGCUAAACACCGAGCUAAUCUUGUGAUGUGAGAUGACGGGGUCGGACCACGUCCUCUCGGCCGUGGCACUGCUCUGCCUCGCCCUACCCUCGACCCUAGGCUCGCCGGCGGAAGAAUGGAGCUACAGCGUGGAGGUGGGCGCGGACACCUCGUGGACGAAGAAGGAGGACGUGAAGCGAAUCCAGCCUCCUCAGGACGCAGUGUGCACAUGUGCCGACGGGGCGCUGGAGUGCAAAGACAGCGACGGGAUGUGCGCAUGCGUCGGGCCCGAGAUGGUUUGCAAUGGGUAUGAGGAUUGUCCCAAUGGUGAAGACGAACUACGGUGCCAAGACAUUCAUAGUUGUCCGGGUUACAAGUGCGCGAGUGGGCAGUGCCUUAUCAGAAAGGACGCGGAGUGCGACGAUGUACAAGACUGUGAUGACUACAGUGACGAGAUCGGAUGUGGGCUCACCCACUUCAAGCCGGACUGCAGUGCCCCUGACCAGUUCACUUGUGCGGAUGGUAACUACUGCAUAUCCGUAUCGUGGCUUUGUGAUCGUGACUUCGAUUGCCAUGACCGGUCUGAUGAGGCUAACUGCUCGUCUGUACACACUUGUGGCCCUUCUUACCAUCGCUGCGGAGACGGUCACUGCAUCUUCAUCACGUGGGUUUGUGACUCAGAGCCAGACUGUGCCGAUGGAUCAGACGAACUGAUAUGCGCCCAUUCAGGUGACCACACGUGCCGGUCCGACCAGUUCACAUGUGCUGUGGACGGUCGCUGUGUUAUGAAGCACUAUGCAUGUGACGGCAAGAACGACUGCGGCGAUUGGUCCGACGAACGGGACUGCAACAGCUCGUCUUGCAACCCGAAUGAUUUCAGGUGUCGAGGAGGGGCCUGCAUCGACUUCCACUGGGUGUGUGACGGGUCUGAGGACUGUGACGGGGGCGAGGACGAGGAUAACUGCCCUGACCCUGCCGAUGACCUCGGACCUUUCAUUACGAGCCAAGAGUGCCCCGAAGGCCAUCUCUACUGCCCUCCCAGAUGCGUCUCUCCUGAGUGGCAGUGCGACGGUCACAACGACUGCCCAAACGGAGAGGACGAGACCCACUGCGAAAUCACUUGCGCCACGGAGGAAUUCACGUGCUCGUCCGCCAUGUGUAUUCCCUGGAGCCACGUGUGCGACGGACAUCAGCAGUGUUUACAUGGCGAUGACGAAUUUAAGUGCCAGACCAUCGAGUGCGAGGACCAAGGCUGCUCCCACGCCUGCCACUUCGGCGGAGAAACGUGUCUGUGUCAGCCCGGCUUCACGAUCGCCGAGGACAACGUCACAUGUGUGGACGUGGACGAAUGCAAGGUGUUCUCCCCGUGCUCUCAGGGAUGCGACAACUUCCCCGGAACCUUCCGCUGCUACUGCGCCCGCGGGUAUUACCUUCGGCCGGACAACUACUCCUGCAAGGCACAUGACCCUCUCCCCAGCAUCGUGUUCGCCAACAGAUUGGAUAUCAGACAAAUAUCCGUCGACGGCCACGAGUACUCAGCUAUCAUGGAGGACCUUCAGAACGCGAUAUCCCUUGACUUUCACUACUACCGCGACCUCAUCUUCUGGUCCGAUGUCAGCCUCGACGUCAUCAUGAGAGCCUUCCUGAACGGCACCGAAGUCACGGGCAUCGUUCGCUGGGGCCUAAGGAAACCAGGAGGCGUGGCGGUGGACUGGAUCAACGAUCACGUCUACUGGAUGGACGGCAUAACCAAGAGGAUAGAAGUUGCAGAACUAGAUGGCUCCAACCGUCACCCCAUCGUCUGGAGUGGCCUGCAGAAGCCUCGGGCGCUGGUGCUCUAUCCACAGAAGGACUUGAUGGUCUGGACCGAUUGGGGUGAAAACGCGACGAUCGAGACCGCCUACCUGGACGGGUCUGGUCGCCGGGUGAUCGUGAGAGAAGGGCUGCAGUGGCCCAACGGUAUAACGAUGGACUACCCGACAGAGACCAUCUACUGGGUCGACGCUCGGCAGCACAAGAUCGAAGCGGCGCUGCUGGAUGGUUCGAACAGGAAAACGAUCCUGGAACGUAGUCUACCACACCCCUUCGCCAUCACCGUGUUUGAGGAUAACCUUUACUGGACAGACUGGCGUACCCGCUCCAUCCACAUGGCCAACAAGAGGACAGGGAGAGACCACACCACUAUCCACCAGAGCCUCGCCUUCCCUAUGGAUAUCCGCAGCAUGCACGCCGAGCGACAGCAGAUCCCGAGGGAGCGCGUCGGCUGCGCGAACAACAACGGCGGCUGCUCCCACCUGUGUCUUCCGGGGCAAUACCAGUACGCUUGUUAUUGUCCCCACGGCCUUGCCCUUCUCGCUAAUAAAAGGACGUGCAGCGAUCGCCCUGAAGACGUCCUGGUAUUCGCCCAACGCAAUAACCUCCGUAUGAUUCCUCUGAACGGGACUCUCGAGGACAACCUGGCGAGGACGGACACGGUCGUGCCUGUGGACGGGGUGGAGUCCGCCGUGGCUCUCGACUUCUACACCGAGGACGACAUCAUCUUCUGGACGGACAUUGAGGCGAAGACCAUCAGCCGAGCGCAUCUCAACGGCUCCUCGCAGACUAUGGGUGUCAGGAACGUGCUGGAAUUACCUGGAGGCGUGGCUGUUGACUGGUAUACCGAUAAGCUUUACUGGACGGACGCUGGUACGAAACGCAUCGAGGUGUCCAAGCUCGACGGCAGCAUGCGUUCCCUGCUAAUCUGGCAAGGUCUCGACAAGCCAAGGGACAUCGUUGUAGAUCCGCAGGACGGCUACAUGUUCUGGAGUGAUUGGGGUAAGCACGCCAAGAUCGAGCGAGCGGGCAUGGACGGCUCUGAACGCAUGACGCUGAUCGACUCCAACCUGAUGUGGCCCAACGGCCUGGCCAUCGACUAUGAGCGCCGCGUCCUCUACUGGCUGGACGCCUCGCUCAACAACAUCGAGAUGGCCGCCAUGGAUGGCACAAACAGGAAGAUCCUCAUAAAAGGCAACCUGACGCACCCCUUCGGCCUGACGCUGUGGAACGACUUGGUGUUCUGGUCCGAUUGGGACACCAAGAGCAUCCACGUCGCCAACAAGCACAACGGGGGAAACAGACGUGUGGUCAUAGACGGGUUAAAGGGACUCAUGGAUGUCCGAGUGUUUCAGCGGAAGCAGACAAAAAGAGAAACAGCUUGCAGCACAAACAACGGAGGGUGUUCACAUUUGUGUUUGCUCAGGCCGAAGGGAGUGUCCUGUGCUUGUCCCACUGGUAUAUUGCUCAAGAGUGAUAAGCUCACGUGCCGGCGUCGACCUCUUCAGUCGCUGUUGAUCGCAGACCGAGAAAAUAUCCGUCAGAUUUCCCUAGACAUGCCUUACAUGGUGGACGUCGUGUUGCCUAUGCCUUACCACCAGAUCGUAGUCGCCCUCGACGCCGACUCCGUCACAGGUGACAUCUAUCUCGCCGACAACGCCGAGCACGUGAUCCGCCGCUGUUCCGCCGACGGUACCGACAACCACGUCAUUAUAUCAGCGGCUAUUAACACGGUGGAAGGCAUUGCGGUGGAUACAACGGGCAGGAAGUUGUACUGGACUGACCUGAAGCGCAAGUCAGUGGAGGUGAGCGAGCUGGACGGCAGGAAUCGACGGGUCUUGUUCACUGACCUGCACAAACCCCGUGGUAUCGUGACCCAUUACCCGAGUGGCAAGCUAUUCUGGGCGGACUGGGGCCUACCGGGGAUCGAGGUGUCAGAGAUGGAUGGGAACGGACGGAAAAUAUUCAUCUCCAGCGACAUCGCGUGGCCAAAUGGACUUACUGUUGACUGGAGUAAAAGAGAGCUCUUUUGGGCCGAUGCCAAGACUAAUGCUAUUGAGGCCAUCGGUAUAGACGGUAGAAAUAGGCGGACUGUUAUUAGAGAUGCCCCUCAUCCAUACGGCGUGACUCUGCUCGGGAGCUUCGUGUAUUGGACCGACUGGGAGACCAAAUCCGUGAACCGCACACGCAAGAACGGGACAAGCUAUAACAUUACCAUAAGAGCGGGUCUACCAGCCGUCAUGGACAUCAAGGCACUGCCGGGUCCACCAAUUGUCAAGAAUGAAUGUGGAAAUGAUAACGGCAAGUGUUCUCACCUUUGUCUGCGGAACCCGGAAGGCAUCUCUUGUGCUUGCCCGACUGGUCUUACCAUGAAGGAUAAUCACCGCUGUGUUGACAAACCCUCGAACUACUUAAUCUUCGCUGGUCUGAGGACUAUUGGAAGGAUCUCCCUCGACACUGAGCCUCUGUGGGACGUGCCCCUCGACGUGCCCCACAUCCACCACCCCGCCAUCGUUGAUUACUACCAGAGGGAUGAUAUCCUUUUCUUUACGGAUAUCAAGUUCGAUUCCAUCCGUGCGGUGUCGAUGAAGAACCUCACGCACCCGUGGACUGUGCUGUCGGAUGGCCUCAACACACCCGACGGUCUCUCGGUGGACUGGAUCGCAGGGAAUCUGUACUGGAAUGACGCCGGCCGGAAGGUGAUCGAGGUGGCUAAGGUGGACGGCUCCUGCCGAAAGAUCAUCGUUAGCACAGACCUGGUGGAGCCUCGCGCCAUCGCGGUCUUCCCAGAGGAAGGCUUUCUGUUCUGGACGGACUGGGGUAACAAGUCCAAGAUCGAGCGCUCGUACCUGGACGGCACGGGGCGCAAGAUCCUCAUCGACCAAGAGAUCGGCUGGCCAAAUGGACUCACGAUCGACUACGACACGAAGCGCAUCUACUGGAACGACGCCCUGAAGGACACCAUCAAAUCUUCCGACCUUGAUGGCCAAAACGAAGUCCUUUUGGUGCCGAAAGUCGUCCAUCCUUUCGGUCUGACGCUGCUUGACGACUACAUCUACUGGACGGACUGGGAUCAAAAGACGAUUGAAAGAGCUAACAAGUCGAACGGCAGUAAUCGGCAGGUUAUCCGAACUGACAUCGAGGGCGUGAUGGAGGUCAAAGCUGUGAGCGGCAAGGGACAGCCCGGCUGGAACGUCUGUGCGGAUCGGAACGGCGGCUGCACACACCUCUGCCUUUACCAUCCCGAGGGCGUCCGCUGCGCCUGCCCCGACCGCCCGGAUGCCAGGAGAUGCUCAGACCGUCCUGUGAUCAAGGUGACCCCGACGGGGAGUCCGCAUCACGCCAUGUUCAGCACGACGAUGGCGUCGGCCAAGAAGGGUCCCCGCGGCGACCCCCCCGGCCUGAUCCCGCUGCUGGUGGCGUUGGUGGUGGUGGCGAUCCUUGCCGUGGCGUCCAUGGUGGCGGUGGUCGUGUGGUGGAAGUACAAGGAGAAGACCAAGAUGGUGGAGGGGCCCAACGGCGGCGCCCUCACCUACACCAACCCCACCUACAGCGCCUCCAACUCCGAUGUCAACACCGACCGCAAGCCAUUCACCUGGCGGCGCCUCCACCACGAUGCCAACCACCAGGGACGGAUGUUCGACGAGAAGGGCGAGGUGGCGGCUCUGAUCAGCGAGGGAAGCAGCGUGGAGCACGAGAGCCCCCCGCCCACACCACCCACCAGGACUGAUACUGUCACAUAAUCUGCCCCUUCGCCCCAACGCCAGCCAGUAAUGCCCUUCCUACCUCCCUCUGAGUCCUACCAGAUCUGCAUCAUCCCUCCAAGCACAGCACGGACCCUGUCAGUACCUGCCUCACUACCUUUCCUCCGACGGUUAUGACUUCGCCCUUACUAGUCCCCUUCGUCCCCACACAUUUACUGGCUUACACCUUGUUACUAGUGCCCGAGGCCCUCUGAGACAUUCCUUCCCCUCCGCCCUCCCCUCCUCGUGCUGGCCUGCCCUCUACCACCCCAGCAAUUCAUCUCGGUCAGCACAUCACGCCGCCCGCACCCCCCGCACAACGCCCUCUCAUCACCCUCCCACAGUCACAUGCUCAAGGCCCCCGUGAGUGUCACUUGGUCACUUUUUGCACCUCUGCCGGCCAGGAGCAAGACCUCUGCCACCCAACUAUGUCCCCACUGCCCCAACACCACCACCUGUUGCUGACACCCACACUGUUUUAGCAAAUGUUGACCUCCUGUUAUCUCGCCGCCAAAUAUUCUAAAGGAUAACCUAGAGACAAGACCGACUACUGGCCCAUCUGCGAGGUCGACUGGCCUCCGAAAAGCGUCGACACCAGGGGAGGCUUCAUCGACACGUUGACUCAGUCCCAUGCACCACCCACACCCAACCUACCUCGAAGUCCCUCCAGUUGCGCCAAGACACACCGCUACCAAACACGCCACGGUACACCUCCACUAUCACGGACACGCCCCACACACUCCCAGCUACAUCAAGUCCUCGACGGACGCCACACACAGACGGCCACACUCGAACGAUGAAGGGAUCAUUAGCACCGGAGCCGCUCUGGUGGCCGGGCGCACCUUUCCUACCUGGAUCUGAGCUCUACUGGCACGAGACUACGACAGAACUUGUGGUGGAUGAUGGUGAAGCACCUUUUUGUGAACGCCCUCGUCCCCCCUCCCCCCUUUCCAUGUGGUGUGCCAAGGCCGUCACCCGGUGUUGAGUGAUGAAAUGUACAUCCUUGUCCGUUGUCAUGGAUGGCGCAAGAAACUGUCCCAGAAUUCAUAACCUCAAUCACAUUAUCAACAAAGCCUGAUCCAACCAGCGCCUGAUUUAUCAUGCUCCUAUUUUAGGCCUGGUGACUUCUUCUCGGCAGCUACUGGGCUGGUGGUGAGGCGCCCCACGACGGCGAGCGGAUGUGUAGGACACUCGGGGUGACUUGGGGAUCGGGGAGCCGGGACGCCGAAGGGCCAAGAACGGUACCCGGACAAUGCCAAGGACGCAGACCAAUAGAAUAGCAAAAGAUGGACGAGUUUUUCUGUUGCGGAAACUGAGCCUAAACUCCUAACUCUUGUAAAUGAACGUGUACUAAAAGGUGGAACGAGAAUUGUGAGAGACAGUAACUGAAAACGAAGAAAAGAGGUUUGUUGAUCAAAAAAAAGAAAAAAAAAAGAAAAGAAAUCGUCGCGGGGAAUGUGUUCGAUGGGAGCCUCCCCUCGGGAUCACGCCUGGUUCAUCCCAUUGAUCUUAUCAUUUGUGCUGUAUGUCUUCACUUCAUUUAAGUCAAUUCGUAGUGUUCUCGAUAUACUUAUAUAAGUAGAUUUAUAAUCACCUUUCUUUUCCAACUUAUCUCAACAGGAUCCAUGACUGCUGUUGGAAAAGUAUCAUAUUUUCAAGACUGGCGAAUUCUUCGUUGGCCUUUCGAAAAGAGAAAUUUAUUUAUGCUGUAGCAAAUAUUUCAGUGAAUACCCAACUUGGCAAGAUGUUCUUUAUGGUAUUCUUUAUUGUCUCAUAUGGACUUUCUGCACCAAGAUGAUACUUUUUUUUAUAACAAGGUCUUUGAUACCGUGGGCUCAAAUUUUACGUGAUCAUUUAUAGUCAAUAGUAUAUGCCAACUCAUGACGACUUCCUAGUAUCGUUGACAAGGCUGCCAUAAUAAUUAGAGAUAGCAGUUGAAUUUUAAAAGAAAGGAAGAACCUCAGUAUUAGUGCCAAAGUCAACUCUUAGAAUAAUUUUGAAUGAGUAUAUUCUGCUGCAGUCAUAUAUAUUUUUUAUUAUAUAUAUAUAUAUACGUACAUACGACGUAGAGAUAAACAAAUACCUUUUUUUAAUUUGAAAAAAAAGAAAGAUAAGACUUUAAAUAUCUUUUUACGAAAUUCGAUAUCAAAAUAACAUACGGAUAGUUCACCAGCUGUUCUAGGUCUUGGGAUUUUGUCAAGAAAGUCCCCCCCCCCCCCCCAAGUUGAACAUUCAAUCUUGGAGAGCGAUGACUCUUUUGCAACAGCUAUGCCAGACUCCGGCAGAUUGCAAGUUCCUCCCCUCGAGAUCUGCCCUCUCAUCUCCCCCCCUCGAGUUCUGCCCUCUACCCCCCCCCCCCACCUUCGAGAUUUACCCUCCCACCUCCCCCCCUCGAGAUCUGCCCUCUUAUCCCCCCCCCCCCCCCCCCCGUAAAGUCGACGGUCACUGCCUCACUACUUAACUUUCCUUAUACUAUGUGUUUCAUUCACUUCCUAUAUUUCAAUUUUUACUCAUAUUAAUGGCGUCGAUUUCAGUGUCAUUAUUAUUAUCAUUAUUUUAUCACCAUUAUUGGUAUUAUGAUAAUCAUUACUAUAUCAUGGUUGUCUUGUUUGUAUUCAUUGUCAUUCGGACUUGGUGGCCCCGUAUGGCUUUCAGAUUUUCAGCUUUAAAAGGCAAAAGUAGAAGAAAUAGGAAAUAUAUAAAUAUAUAUCAGCCGUUUGUGGGUUGUAAUCGGUUUUAAUAUAUAUCUACGCGUGUAUUUUAUUAUUAUUAUUUUUUUUUUGUGAGUGUGUGUUUUUUGUUUUCAAUUCAUUCCAUUUGUAUACCGAAAAAAGACAGAAUAAAAAAUAGCUUGAACAUAUCAAAGACUUGAAAAUUUAAACUGAUAAUUAAACUGGUAUUUUUCAAAGCGCAGCUGAAUGUACCUGUGAUAAGUACCGACAGCAAUUCAUAAAUAUACAUUUUUUAAGCCGUAAACUUUUCAUUCCGAAGUGAGGGUUGAUACAAAGUAAUAAUAAAAAAAAAGAUCAAACUUAAUAUAUCCCUCCCCCCAAAAAAAAAAAAAAUAUAUAUAAUGAUAAAUAAUCAUCCAAUUCAUUCUCCCUAUAAGAGUAUACAAUAAAAACAGCAAUUAUUUCAACCUGGCGGAGUCUGUGCAAGCUGUUAUCAAAUAUCACCGUUUUCCUGCCAGUCUCACAUUUUCUAGGACGCUUUGCUGACUACGGAGGUCACCGAACAACUCGUUAUGGGUUGGCCUCUUAUUAUAGAACCCGGUGAUGAUAUUUUCUUUAACGAGGUUGUGAUGCGACGGUCGGUCUUUGCAACCAUAACACUGGAGGACUUGGCUCAGGGUUAUAGAAAGUGUGUGACUGUCUGUUGAAGUGUGGGUGAUAGUGUACAUCUUCUUGUAUUGUUGCGGCGGAGGAGGUUAUUACAAUUCAAGACGCUUAUCAUGCCUAAUUAUAAGGACUAAUAUUGUACUAUCUGUUCGUUGAUGAGAUAGAUCUUAUAUAUAUAACCUUGGUGUCC